ACAAGAUAACCAAGGUUAUUGUUGAACACAUUCCUUCCCCACCCUUCUUAUUGAAAUCGAAAUGAUGACGCAAGCGUAUUUUGAUCAGUGACGUUUAGUGAAUGGCAACCACCCCGUAGUUGUCAAUUUUAUGAACUUUUUUAUGUGUUUAUAAAUAAUUAAAUAAAAAAAAUGGGUUCCAAACCAGAAAAAGAUAAAGCUAAACAAUUACAAGAUAAAUGCCAGUCAGUUUUAAAUACUCUAUUAAGGGACGAGGAUAAUAAAUAUUGCGUGGAUUGCGACUCUAAAGGACCUAGAUGGGCUUCUUGGAAUAUAGGGGUAUUCUUAUGUAUAAGAUGUGCAGGAAUCCACAGAAAUUUAGGGGUACAUAUUUCAAAGGUAAAAUCAGUAAAUUUAGAUUCUUGGACCCCUGAACAAGUGGUUUCUUUACAACAAAUGGGAAAUUCUAGAGCUCGAGCAGUAUAUGAAGCAAAUCUUCCAGAUAAUUUUCGACGUCCUCAAAGUGACUCUAGUUUAGAGACGUUCAUUAGAGCAAAAUAUGAACAUAAAAAGUACAUAGCCCGCGAAUGGGUAGCUCCCCCAUUACCGAAAGUCAAUUGGGAAAAGGAGAUAGAUGAGGAAAUCGAAAGGAACAAACGUAAAAAGAAAACUAUAGUUGAAAAGAAGCCCCUAGGGGCUGUAGAAGUACCCCAAUUACCUAAACCUACAAACCCCAGUCCCAAACCUACCAGGUCUGCCAAUAGUGUAGAUAAUACUAAUAAACAAGAGAAGAAGGAGAAGAAAGAUAGUGAUUUAUUAGGUUUACAAAAUCCCGAAGAUAAUUUUAGUAAUUUCGUGUCUGCACCUACAUCGGCGGUUAAACAAGAAAAAAAAGACACAGUCGAUUCUGUCAAAAAGGAGGAAGAAAGUUUUUUCAACCAAGUAUUACCUACUGAAAAGGAAAAAGUUAAAUUAGAUAAAGAUAGUAUUAUGGCUUUAUAUGGUAAUGGACCAGGCGGUAACAAUUUCAACCAAUUUCCACAGCCUGGUCCUCAAGGGGGAUUCCAAGGGUUCGGAAGCUCGCCUAAUUUCCAAAAUGCUGGUUUUCCUUUGCAAAACGGUGGCGGAAUGAAUCAAAUGCCUGGAUCUGGUCAGUGGCCUCAACAACAGCAGCAACAAAAUUGGUUUAAGCAGCAGUAUCCGCAAGGCCCGCCACAAAAUCAAGUCCAGCAUUUCACUCCUAACUCCAAUCAGCCGCCGGGUAACCAGUUUGUUAAUAACUCAUUCGGAGGUUUCCCUCAACAACAGCCGCAUCAGACCUUCCCGCAAUUCAACCCUCCUCAACAAUUCCAAUCGCCUAAUCUAGUGGGUCAACAAUCAACACCAAAUCCAUUUUUUAAUCAAACUUUACCGCAGCAAUUUAGCAAUUUGAACAUGAGAUCCCCUCACCCACAGACAUCGAUGGGAAAUUUGUGGAGUAACUGA